AUGACAGGGAAGCCAGAGCUCCUGAUGCCAAGCACCGAGCAUUGCAUUGUCUGGACAGUGCGGGAGCGAGAUGUUGGGCUAGGCGCCCUCAGUGGCUACCGCAGUGCAGUGAAGCGUUUGUACAUCGAUCAAGGCGUUGACCUCCCGGAGCCAUACGACAACGACAUGAAGGUGAUUUAG